AUGGUAAGGAAAUGGAUCCGCUGGUGGGAGGAGGAGGGUUCUGUGAAAACGAAGCCUCGAUGUGGGAGGCCACGUGCAACCUCGCCCAGGAUAGAUGCCCUGAUUGUAGCAGCUGCUGAAAUGCAUUCUAUGAGGACAUCUGCACAACAUACUGAACAUUUGGGGUUAAAUUGCAAUCCCAUGACCUUGAGAUGCAGACUCCAUGAAGCCAGGAUUCACAGUCAUAUCCCAGCAUACAAAGGAUGGCUCACUCCUGCACACAAGAAAUGUCGCCUUGGGUUUGCUCUGAAACAUCUUCCGCAUGAGGAAAAUUACUGGAGAAUUGUCAUCUUUACUGAUGGAAAGGUGUUUCAGUCCGUGGCAGCCCGAGUUAGGCAUUGCUGGCGGCGGCCUAACACGUACUAUCAGGAGAAUCACAUACAUCACCGAGCAAUGAGUGGCAGAGUGGCAGUAUCUUUCUGGGGAUGGAUGUGGGCAUAUGGUCCUGGUGAGCUUGUCAAGAUCGAUGGCCGCUUCACGGGAGAGAAAUACAUCAAAAUCCUUGAGGAAGUGUUCCUUCCAACAGUUCGGGCUAUAGCAGUUUCCUGCUCCUGGUGUAUUACAGUUGGUCCAUGA